UUACCACUUCAUUUCUAUAUCAUUUGGUUUGUGUUCACAGAGAUUUUCAACGUAAUGGCAAUGAGGAGGUCAUGGUUCGGUUGGAUAAAACGACUAUUCAUCUGCGAGGCCAAAGCAAAAGCAGAGAAGAAGUCAAGGAGAUUGAGAUGGGUGUUUAGAAGACUGAAACUGAGACAUCAGAUUUCAACUAAGGUGCAAGAGACUAGGACUUUGAACCAAGCAACAGAGGAUCAGAGAAAACAUGCCAUGAAUGUAGCCAUUGCCACAGCCGCAGCAGCUGAGGCAGCGGUUGCAGCCGCCAAAGCCGCUGCUGAGGUUGUCCGGAUGGCAGGAAACGCCUUCACUUCUCAACAUUUUGUCAAGAAGCAUGAUCUCAGUGUAUCAGCUAUCAAGAUUCAGAGUGCCUUCAGAGCUUAUCUGGCGAGGAAAGCGUUGCGGGCACUGAAAUCUCUUGUAAGGCUUCAAGCAAUCGUCCGUGGCCGAGCUGUUAGGCGAAAGGUUUCUUCUCUGUUGAAGUCUACACCCUCCAGAAAAGCUUCAUCAAUCACUAGAGACGACAUAGAGGGAAAACAUUGGUCCAAGAUCAAAGAAGUACUCAAAGUAGAGUGCAAUGGUCAGAAUGGUUGGGACAGUAGCGCUCUCACUAAGGAAGACAUCAAAUCUAUAUGGUUGAGGAAGCAAGAAGGUGUGGUCAAGCGUGAGCGUAUGUUGAAAUACUCCCGGUCACAUCGGGAGAGAAGAAGUCCUCACAUGCUUCUUGAGUCAUUACACACAAAGGACAAUAGGAUGAGAAGCUGUAGACUUGAACAUUGGGGUGAAUCCAAGUCUCUCAUUCCAGGCGAAAUCCAAGUCCCGACAAAACUGAAGCUAGUCAGAACUUUGCAAAGACAAGACUCUGGUGAUGUACAAGAGUCUCCAUUUUCAUUCCCAAGGAGAUCUUUUAGCCGUCUUGAGCAGAGUCUAUUAGAGGACGAGAGCUGUUAUCAAAGCUCCAGAGGUUUCCAGCCUUACAUGAGCGUGACAGAGUCUGCAAAGGAAAAGUUUAGAUCACUGAGCACACCAAGGCAACGCGUAGGGGUGAUGGAUUCUUGGUUGGAUAAGAAGGAUGGGGAAAAAGUAUCUCUCUGGUCUUCCUUUGUCAGCGAAACUAGUAAGAUGAGCAGCUCUAAGAAGUCGUCUCUGGCACAUUCAUGACACUUUCUGUUUCUUUGUUCUGGUUCUCUUAUAUCAUUGUUCUUUAUAUAGUAGAUAUAUGCUUCUAAAGAGUGCUUUUUUUUUUUGGGAGGUUGGUGUGUGCUUUGUGUUCAUUUAUGUUCUUGAGGAUUUUGAAGUUAUCUUUAAUCAAUGUGAUUCUUUUGUUCAA